AUGCGUCAAACAGGAGGAUUACCGCCGGCAAUUCUGGAGAUCCUCACCGACAACAUCGCACCCACGCACUUUGCCAUUUCGAUGAGGUGGUUGUUAGCUACGAUUAGCCUCAUGCAUUUAGCAUGGGGUCAAAAAAUCGUCACAAAAGGAAGAACAAUUACGGUGAAUGAAGGAUCUCAACUCGAGCUUCCAUGCUAUGUGCAGGAUCUAGGAUCAGAGUCGAUAAUUUGGCGAAGAAAGGAGAACGCCUUAUUUAUCGAUGAGGAAAACCUGGCUGAGGAUGAACGCAUGCAGGUCAUCAAAGACGGAUCGAAUUCCACACUUACCAUUCUGGAUGUUGAGCCAAUGGAUAUGAGUGAUUAUGUUUGCGCUGUAUCCGAGCCGGAACAGGAAAUUGUUUACAAAAUCAUCGUACAUUAUGAGCCGGAAUACCUGCUGUCAGUAGGCGAUGAGCAGGUUGUUGUCAGGUGUCUUGCUAAAGGAAAUCCAACCCCAACAAUAAAAUGGACAAGAAAGGAUGGCAAGAUGCCUUCGGACAUCACAAUUCGAGGUCCUCAACUUGUCAUUGCGAAAGCAAAAACAUCACAUUCUGGAGAGUAUGAAUGCACGGCAAAUAAUGCCGCUGGUAGCGAUUCUGCUACAUUGAAAAUCCAAGUGAACGAACGAGAAGAUGCGGCGAAACACGGUGAGUUUCUGCAUGAAAGUUGUAUGGUGCAUGUGUUGUCCUAA